UUUACGUACAAGUAAAAGUCCGUGGGGGUUAAAAAUAAUUUAUCUUUAAUAAAAUUAUUUAUUAAAAAUUAUAAUAUUCAAAUCUCUCAAUAAAUAAACAAACUUUGCUAGUGAAAUGAAACAGUAAUCGUCAUUAAAUAUCAUAUAUAUAUAUAAAAAUAUAUAAAAUUUUAGUAAACAUAUAACAUAAAUAAUAAUGAGCUAUGUCUACGUGUUUCAGUGUAUUUAGUUAAUAAUAAAACAUACGUUUUUUUGACAAUUGCUUGCAAAAAAUAAUUUAUUAAUUUUUUAAAAUUGAUAAUUAAUUACCAGUGAUCAAGUAAUGGAUUAUCAUCAAAAGAUGAUUGUAAGACCAACACAAAAUUAUAAAUCUAAGGAUAACGACAAUGAUGAUGAUGAUGAAGAUCUAGAAGCACUGAGAUUAGCAGCGUUGAUGUCGCUGAAAGCUAAGUCGACAUCUAACAAAAUAUCACAACCUCAAAAGUCAUUUUUACCUCCGACAAAUUCUUUUCCUGUUUAUAAUUCUAACGCUAAUCUUAUUAACAACAAUAAAAACCAUGGUAAUCAUAGAAGAAGAGAUUUUUAUCCAAACCGGACAUUAAUUAGACAAAAUGGGAUUCAAAAUGCGUAUCAUCCGAGUCGAAAUAAUCAAAAUUUAAUUGAAAUUAUUCCUGUUGAUGAAAACACGCCAAAAAAUGAUACUGGAGUGGAAGCUAGGAUUCCAGUGACUGAAAAUGAAGAUUCAAAGUUCCAGCGUUUCAAUGACAACGCAAGUGGGUCAGAGGAUGAAGACACGAAACCAAAGGACACUAUUGAAGAGCAGCCCACUAGUGGCCUCACUGAACUGUCAGAAAUAUCCGAAGCACAGAAGGAAGCCGACGAACCAACCGACGAAGAAGUCGGAGAAAUAUCCGAGUCCGUAGAAGUGGCUGAGAAUUCACCAAAAGAAAAUCUCACCAAUGAAGAUGACGAAGAUGAAGAAAACGAUAAAGAUGAGGAAGAAGAAGAAGAUGAUGAUGAUGACGUGCUUCUGAUGGCUGAUCUCGAAGAAGAAGACAGCCUGGAGCGUCUGAUGGAUGAAAUGGAACGUGAAAUGGCUGACAAGCCUUUGGAGAAAAAAGAAAAAAAGUCACGUCGCGAGAGCAAAAGUCUCAAGAAAGAUCACGACAAAUCUCAUAAACGUGCUGAUAAAAUCGAAGCUCAGUCUUUCCCUACUUCAACUUCUACUUCAACAGCUUUAGCUUCAGGUUCAGCUUCGGCUUCUUUCCCUUCAACCGUUAGUUAUAAAAAUGAUCGUCCAGUUUCUCCAUACGAGCGUACCAGGCAUCGCUCGGUAUCUCCAAAAGUUAAGAGAAAAAAAUCACCUAGAAGAUCUCCCCCUCGUUUAAAAAAGUCACGUGACAUCAGACAAAGAUCUCCAAGACCUCCACGUCACUCGCCACCCAGGUCGCCUAAAAAAUUGUCACCCCGUCGGAGAUCAAGAUCCAGGUCACCCAGAAAUAUCCGCAGCCGUUUAUCGCCGCCUCGUAGAUCUAAAUCACCUGGCAGGUCACCUAGACCACGUUCUCCUUUCGUCAGGUCAUCUAGAUCACCCAGACUAUCACCAAGAAGACUCUCUCCAAGAAGACUAUCACCCAGAAGACCAUCACCGCGUCUAGAUCGCGGUCAUUCGCCACAAUGUUCACCAAUUCAUUCUCCAUGGUCAUCACCAAGAAAUUCUCCACGUUUAUCACCCAAACGAAGACGUUCUCCUCCUUCAGUAGCUUCUACCGUAACUUCAAAUAUUAAUCUCAAUAAAGAUAAGAGGCCAAGACGUUCUAAGACACCAGAGGACUUUAAUUCUUACAAACGUGAAAAUUCACCGGAUGUCAGGUCGAAAAUAAAGGCGACAGCUAAAGAAAUAAAUGAAAUAAAUGACCCGGUGCUGGAAGCAAGGAGACGUAAAUUUGAGUCCACGAAACUCAUCGAUCCAAUAAAUGACAAUAAGAAAAUAAAACUGAGUCGUAAAGUUGAUGAUGCUGAUGAAGAGGUCGUCGAUUCGUUGCAGAGAAAAGCUGAUGAGCUUGAAGAUAUCGAAGAUGGUGAGGAUGAAGAAGGUCUUAUUCAUGAAGAUGGUAACGAUGAAGAAAGAGAUUUAGAGGGGGGAGAAGAAGGUGAGAUUGUUGGAGAUAGACAUGGACAUAACAGCGAUGAUGUAAAUGAGAAUGAAGGGAAUGAAGAUGAAGAAGAAGGACUGUGCUUGAAUGAAAGCUUUGACUUUGAUGAACUAGCGGAACAUAUAAGUGAUGAAACUGUUGCGAGCCAGAUGAUCUUUGAACCGGUCAAGAAACUCGAGAAGUCGAGAACCAAAAAGAAGAAGAAGAAGGACAAGGAAAUUUAUCAGGUGGGGAAACUCAAGAGCGGCGAGCUCCCGCUGUCGGAGAGACUUGGCAAGGAGAAGAAGUGCAAGAAGAGGAAGGAGUAUGUGGAGAAUGUGGGGAAGGAAGUUGAGGAGGAUGUUAAUAGUCCGGAGGAAGUUAUUGAUGAGGAAGCGGAUUUGAGAACUGAGUUGAGUAGGAGACGCGCUGAAAGGCUCAAUAGAAAUGCUCCCAUUCAGUCUGCGAGGCUUUUGCAGUCGGCUUUUAAAGGAGUUGUCAAUGAAGUUGCCAAGAAUAAUUCUAAAGUUCUGCAAAGACAACUGAUAAAAGAGGAGAAACAUCCUCAAAAAGAAAUAAGACGUGUUACUGUAUUACAUAGAUCUAUACCUGAAUUACAUGAUUCAGAAGAUGAAAUAUUAGAUUCCAAGGUACCAAUUAAAUUCCGACUGGGACUGAACAAAGUACAAGAAACCCGUGAGUCAAAAGUCUCAAGGAAAUCUUCUAAGCGACAAAGUCGAAAGGGAACAAAAAAAAAAUACGCGUUAACGUGAUUGCAUAUUUGUACGAAGAACGAUAACAAAAAAGAAAAACAAACAUACGUUAAUAAUUAUAAUUAAUAAUUAGAUAAUAAAUAUCACUCAUUAAUGAAUUAACUAUAUAAAUAAUAAUGGGUUUUGUUAAAUGAAAAUUAACUGAGGUUAAAAAAAAUUAUAAUAAAAUUAAUAAUAAUAAUUAAUUAAUUAAUUAAUUAGCUUUUAAUAUUAAAUUCUUCCUAUAUAUUAUAACUAUAAAUGAAUUUGUAUGAAUUACUUUUAUUACUCCUCAUGACCAGCGAGGCUUUUACGUUAAACUUAGUUUAUUUACAUUAGGCUUAAAUAGUAGAUUAUGUGAUAAUUAGUAAUUAGUAAUUAAUAAUGUAAAUAAUUUUUGCCUUAAUGAUAAAGCACAAGAUUAAAUUUAAUAAAUGAAAAAUGAAACUUGUAAGAUAGCUUUUAAAUUUGUGAAACCUUUAACGAGUGUACUGAGUACUUUUGAUACACAUGUUAAUUUUUUUAUUUUUUAAUUAUAAUUAUAAUUAAUAAUUAGUUGUGUGUAAAAGUAUGUAUAUAAUUGAGUCGUGUGAAUAUUUUGUACCUGGAAAAAAAAAAGUGUUUUAGAUUUUUUUUUUUUUUUGUGAGAUUUACAUUAACGGAAUUAAUGUUUGAGAAACUAUUAAUUAACAAGGAUUUGAAAUCAAAGCUUUCAAUUAAGGGGGAACGGGUCUGAGAUACAAAAAAAAAGAGCAUGUUUGAUUUUUUUGUUCGGAGUAAUUUCGUUAUUAAAAUUCUUAAAAUUCGUGACAUUAUUAAGCAUCAUUUCAAGAAUAUUCUGAUAAAUUUUCAUUAAAAAAUAUUGAAAAAUGAACCAGUGGUAGUGGGGAGAGACGAGUCACCUUAAAAAAGAGUCUCCAUGCAGUAAGCAGGAUAACUCAUGACUACUUUAUCUGAAAUCAAAAAACCAAAAAGAUUUCUUUAGUACAUAAGUUUAUCUUGGAUUUGAACGAAAGAUUUAUUUUUUUCAAUAACUACUUAUUUUUUGAUUAAACAAAAGGAGCAAUUUUUGGUAAAAAUCAGAAUUUUUUGAUUGCACCUUUACCAAAAAUUCAAAAAUAAAUAUUUUGUUUAUUCCUUCGUUCAAAUUCAUCAAACUUAUGUACUAAAGAAAUCUUUUUGGUUUUUCUAUUUUAAAUGGAGCGGUCAUGAGUUAUCCUGCCUACGGCAUGGAGACUUUUUUUUUAAAGUAACUCAUCUCUCCCCACUACCACUGGCUUAUUUUUCAAUAUUUUUUUGUGAAAAUUUAACAGAAUAUUCUUGAAAUGAUGUUUAAUAAUGUUAACAAUUUUUAGAAUUUUAAUAAAAAAGAUACUCUGAAAAAAAAAAAUCAAAUAUCCUUUUUGUUUUGUGCCUCAGAUCCUUUUUCCCACUUAAUAUCUUAUAAUUUUAAGAUAGUUAUUGUCAUAGCUUAUUUUUAUUUAAGUUAUUUCAAGUAAACUUUUUGUUUUUAAUUUUUAAUUCUGAUAAAUUAACAGAAAUAAAAAAAAU